AUGCUGGCCGAGCUUGACUAUGCCUACAACAUCACGCGGGAUACCACCCAGGCGGGUGUGGACGCCUUCGUCUCCGAGGUCAAGGGCAUGAGGUACCUGCUGCUCUUGUCGCAGUGCCUAUUCGGAAGCUUGUGGUCAGGAGUUGCCGACGACAACGUAUACGGCUGCAUCUCCUUCUGGUUCAUUGGCGUCUCCGGCUAUUGCCCCCACUUCGACAGCAUCUUCGACUCCCUCGACAGCAGCUUUGGCAUCGGCUCACCUUCGUUGGCGGCCUCACGAGCUGACUUGUCGACGGUUUCGCAGGCGUACUUCGAUGGCGACUUCCACUACCGCAUCGGCGGCGGCGCUUCGUAA